UUGCCGCUUCCUGUUUGGACUGGGAACCCCGCGGUCGCAAAUUGCGAGGAUUUGGAAAAGGGAGUCCUUGUCUUCUCGCCUAUUUCUCCGAGAUUGAAAGCUCGGCCUGCUCAGGACUAACUUCUUCAGUGCUUAGAGUGUGAGAAAAAUGGCAAAUAUGAAUAGUGAUUCUAGGCAUCUUCUCAUCUCUGAGGUAGAUCAUGAAAGAGAUCCUGGACCUAUGAAUAUCCAGUUUGAGUCAUCAGAUCUAAGAUCCAAAAGGCCUUUCUAUAUAGAGCCCACAAACAUCGUCAAUGUGAAUCAUGUCAUUCAGAGGGUUAGCGACCAUGCCUCUGCCAUGAACAAGAGAAUUCAUUACUAUAGCCGGCUCACCACUCCUGCAGACAAGGCACUGAUUGCCCCAGACCAUGUAGUUCCAGCUCCAGAAGAGUGCUAUGUGUAUAGUCCAUUGGGCUCUGCUUAUAAACUUCAAAGUUACACUGAAGGAUACGGUAAAAACACCAGUUUAGUAACCAUUUUUAUGAUUUGGAAUACCAUGAUGGGAACAUCUAUACUAAGUAUUCCUUGGGGCAUAAAACAGGCUGGAUUUACUACUGGAAUGUGUGUCAUCAUCCUGAUGGGCCUUUUAACACUUUAUUGCUGCUACAGAGUAGUGAAAUCACGGACUAUGAUAUCUUCAUUGGAUACCACUACCUGGGAAUAUCCAGAUGUCUGCAGACAUUAUUUUGGCUCCUUUGGGCAGUGGUCGAGUCUCCUUUUCUCCUUGGUGUCUCUCAUUGGAGCAAUGAUAGUUUAUUGGGUGCUUAUGUCAAAUUUUCUUUUUAAUACUGGAAAGUUUAUUUUUAAUUUUAUUAAUCACAUUAAUGACACAGACACUGUACUGAGUACCAAUAAUAGCAACGCUGUGAUUUGUCCAAGUGCCGGGAGUGGAGGCCAUCCUGACAACAGCUCUAUGAUUUUCUAUGCCAAUGACACAGGAGCCCAACAAUUUGAAAAGUGGUGGGAUAAGUCCAGGACAGUGCCCUUGUAUCUUGUGGGGCUUCUCCUUCCACUGCUCAAUUUCAAAUCUCCUUCAUUUUUUUCAAAAUUUAAUAUCUUAGGCACAGUAUCUGUUCUUUAUUUGAUUUUCCUUGUCACCUUUAAGGCUGUUCGCUUGGGAUUUCAUUUGGAAUUUCAUUGGUUUAUACCAACAGAAUUUUUUGUACCAGAGAUAAGACUUCAGUUUCCACAGCUGACUGGAGUGCUUACCCUUGCUUUUUUUAUUCAUAAUUGUAUCAUCACACUCUUGAAGAACAACAAGAAACAAGAAAACAAUGUGAGGGACCUGUGCAUUGCUUACAUGCUGGUGACGUUAACUUAUCUCUAUAUUGGAGUCCUGGUUUUUGCUUCAUUUCCUUCACCUCCAUUAUCCAAAGAUUGUAUUGAGCAGAAUUUUUUAGACAACUUCCCUAGCAGUGACACCCUGUCCUUCAUUGCAAGGAUAUUCCUGCUGUUCCAGAUGAUGACUGUAUACCCACUCUUAGGCUACCUGGCUCGUGUCCAGCUUUUGGGCCAUAUCUUCGGUGACAUUUAUCCUAGCAUUUUCCACGUGCUGAUUCUUAAUCUAAUUAUUGUGGGAGCUGGAGUGAUCAUGGCCUGUUUCUACCCAAACAUAGGCGGGAUCAUAAGAUACUCGGGAGCAGCAUGUGGCCUGGCCUUUGUAUUCAUUUAUCCAUCUCUCAUCUAUAUAAUUUCCCUCCACCAAGAAGAGCGUCUGACGUGGCCUAAAUUAAUCUUUCACGUUUUCAUCAUCAUUUUGGGUGUGGCUAACCUGAUUGUUCAGUUUUUUAUGUGAAAUACCUCAACUGUUUGUUUUCUCAAGAGCUUUCAUGGUAUUUUGAGCCUUGACAACAGUUCUAUAUAAAUGCACUUGUAAAUGCUGCUGUUGUGUAAUUCUAAAUGUUUUCUAAGAUAAUUUGAAAGCAAGGGAAAUAGUGACCCAUUAAUAAGUAUUUUUGUAUUGUGGUGGGGAGAGGGGCAAAAAGAAUGAUCUUUGUGUCUUGACUUUCUCAUAUUAACUCCCCUCUUCAUUCUGUGAUCUUUUCUGAAUAGCAAUGUAUGCCCUAGGAAGAAAUCAUGCUGGGUUUUGCUUUUAGAGAUAAAAAGUGGUGGAUUUAUUUUGCCUACAAUAAAGAUUCUCAGGGUGUCACAGCAGCAUAUUGCCAAAUCUUUCUUCUGUUUUAUGUUUCAGUGUAUUCACUUUCAUUUUCUUACUUACUAGACCAUUUCUGCAGUUUGCCCAAACCUCUACUAUUUGGGACAGUAAGUCAAAUACCUCAUUUUUUAAAAGACGUUUUCAUGGCAUCAGUGUAAAUAGAGUACAUUCUUAACUGAGUCUUUAAUGUUUAUUUGAAGAAAAAGUGAGACAAAAGCAAUGUCAAUGUAGUCCCCAUGAUCAUGAAAUGUAUACAAAAUAAAAUAGGUGAAUUUGUUGC